CACGUACAAAACCCAAAGGCGGGAAAUCGAGAAGGGGAAGCAAAAUUCCCCCUCUCUGAAGUUCUAGCCCUAACAUUUCUCAGUAGGCCAGAGAGAGUAGAAACUCCAUUUCCUGGCCCAUUUCUACACCAAUGGAGAGGAUCCACGUGGCAGUUCGAGCAAGGCCCCUGUCCCCAGAAGACGCAAAAUCCAGCCCUUGGAGAAUCUCUGGCAAUUCCAUCUCAAUCUCCAACCAUUCCACCAAAUUCGACUUUGAUCAGAUCUUUGGAGAAGACUGCAAGACUGCAGAAGUUUACAAAGCUCGAACCAAAGAAAUUGUAGCUGCAGCUGUCCGUGGAUUUAAUGGUACCGUUUUUGCAUAUGGACAAACUAACAGUGGAAAGACACAUACGAUGCGAGGAUCUGUGACCGAACCAGGGGUUAUCCCACUUGCUGUCCGCAAUCUAUUCCAUAUUAUACAAGAGGAUCUGGAUAGGGAAUUUCUUCUCAGAAUGUCAUACAUGGAAAUCUAUAAUGAGGAGAUCAAUGAUUUGUUAGCCCCUGAGCACCGGAAACUACAGAUUCAUGAGAGUAUUGAGCGAGGAAUAUUUGUUGCUGGCUUGAGAGAAGAAAUUGUUGCAUCCCCUGAACAGGUUCUUGAUUUCAUGGAAUUUGGAGAAUCUCAUCGCCACAUUGGAGAGACUAAUAUGAAUGUUUACAGCAGCAGGUCUCAUACAAUUUUUCGCAUGAUAAUAGAGAGUCGGGAUAAAACUGAAGAUGAUGAUGCUGGAAGCUCUUGUGAUGCUGUCCGUGUAUCUGUUCUUAAUCUAGUGGAUCUAGCGGGUUCAGAACGUGCUGCAAAGACUGGUGCGGAAGGUGUGCGUUUGAAAGAGGGUUCCCACAUAAAUAAAAGCCUGAUGACACUUGGAACUGUUAUAAAAAAACUGAGUGAAGGUGCAGAGAGCCAAGGUGGUCAUGUGCCCUACCGAGACAGCAAGCUCACACGUAUUUUGCAACCUGCACUUGGUGGAAAUGCAAAUACUGCUAUCAUUUGUAAUAUUACCCUGGCACAGAUUCAUGCCGAUGAGACAAAAAGCAGUCUCCAGUUUGCAAGCAGAGCUUUACGUGUUACUAACUGUGCACGUGUGAAUGAGAUUUUAACAGAUGCUGCUUUGUUAAAGCGUCAAAAGAAGGAGAUUGAAGAACUGCGUGCGAAAUUGCUGGGUUCUCAUUCUGAGCAUUUCGAGGAGGAAAUCCUGAACCUGCGAAACACGUUAUUACAGAGUGAAUUAGAGAGGGAACGUAUAGCUUUAGAAUUGCAAGAGGAAAAGAAAGCUCAAGCUGAACGUGACAGGCAGUUGCAAGAGCAAGCUAAAAAAAUAGCAAACUUAAGCUCCAUGGUCUUAUAUUCAAAAAGGGAUGAGAAGGGGAGUCCUAGAAAGAAUAAGAGGCGUGAUACAUGGUGCCCUGGUGUUCUUUUAGGGGAGUCUCUUAGUGAGGUGGCUACGAUUGCUAAAUCAAAGCCUCCCAUCAAAGAGCCUGUUAGAGCAGAGCGAGAUAUGGGCUUGCCUAUUCCUUUCGAAGAACUCGUUCAUGAAAGUGAUGUUAGCACUGGUGAUAACACUAGCCGUUCAUCAGUUAAUUAUGGCAAUAAUGAUUCAUGGGACAACUGUAUUCUUCCCGAUCCAGAUGCAUUGUUGCAUGUCACUAACAGGCGCAAAGUUCCUCUCAAGAAAAAAAGCUCACUUGUGGAAAACAACGAGUUAGUAGAAUUGCAGGACGCAUACGAAGAUUUGUUUUUUCAACUUGAAACCCAGAGGACAGAGAGGGAUAUGGAAAUCGAAUGCUUAACAAAAAGGUUAGCUGAGGCAGAAUGCUGUUCAUAUUGGACAACCGAUAGUUCUUCCCUGUGUCAGCUAAGUGAAUGUGUACCACGUGGAGGUAAAAGCUUAAGUUUGAGAGAGUCUGAGGCAAUUCUAGUGAUCAAACAACUACAGGAUCAGAUUAAAAAACUAGAGAUGGAAAAGUCUUCCAUCCAAGGAAACCUGGAUAGCGUUGUUGAAUUGGCAACUGAACAAAGUACGUCUGCUAGAGAAAAAUGUGAAGAGCUACAUGAAAAGCUUCUAGAUGCACGUGAGGAGGCUAGAGUGGCUUGUGAACAACUUAGUUCAGUGGCUUCAAUUGGCACGCUUGAGGAGGUCAAAGUUGACUCCUUGAUCGAAUUGUCGAUGGAAAUCCAAGAUGCAUUGUUGGAAGUUCAACGCUCAAGAAACACUGCGGACAGUAUUUCUUCAGUUGUGGACGAUCUAUUUCAGAGCUUUUCUCUCAUAUCAAAUGUAUUCCUGGAGCUGAAGUCAUUUUCAUGCCAAAAUACCUUGCAGCUAAAGUCCAUCAUCAGCAGCCAUGAGAAGAUACACCGAUGUAUGAAAGAGAAUGUUGCAGAACUUGAGAGAGAUAAGUCCAAGUUGUACAAUCAGUCUGUUGAGCAACAUAAACAGAUAGAGGAGCUUAAAUUGGAUUUACAGAACUCUGAGAAGGUUUUGAUGGAGCUACACCAGCAGCAAGACUUGGAGAAAGAUGACCUCCUAUCUCAAAUUCAAAGUCUACAGAAGGAAAUUUUGUGCUUGUCAUCUUCUUCAUUGGUGAAGGAAAAGGAAACUUUGAGAAAAGAUCUUGAGAAAACCAAACUGAAGUUGAAAGACACAGAAUUCAAGCUCAAGAAUGCAAUUCAGGACAAAAUCAAACUCGAGAGUGAAAAAGCAUAUGCUGAACGGGAAAUAAAGCAUUUGCAUGGUCAAAGGACUCUUCUUGAACGUGAUAUUUGCAAGCGCGAUUCACUUGCUGAUAAGAGGCGUGAAUCAAUCGCUGAUAGGAGGCGUGAGUCUAAGGAUAUGAGCAAGGCGAAGGCUCAUAAUGGUAUUGUUGAGCAGACACUGCAGUUGAAGGCAUUGGAGCUUGAAAGGGCCAACUUUGACUUGGAAAUCCUCUCUGGAGACUACCAGAAGCUAGAAGUCCGUGCAUUUGAGAUGGAGGCAAAGAUUGCUUCUUUGGAAGAGGAUUUACUGGCUGCAAAUGGUGAAAAAGAAGAAGCUUUUGUUAGAAAUGAAAUUCUAGCUUCAGAAUUGGAAGCUAUUUCCAGCAAGUUGAGCACUACGAACUCAGAAUUGAAAUUGUUGCAGGAAGAUGUUGCUAGCAUGACACUGAAGUUGGGUGAAUCUGAAUCCCUCUGUCAGAAAAUGGAAUGUUCUAUCAGUUCAUUGUCGAGAGAAAAAGAAGAUAUGGCAAUGCAACUCACUGAUGCACUUCUAGAACUGGAGGAGGAGAAAGCGAUAUGGGCUGCUAAAGAGAAAGCUUCCAUUGAAUCCAUAGCUGAUCAAGCCAAGUUAUCAAAUGAUGACAUUUCCUUGUUAUCGAAAGAUAUUUCAGAGGUGAGGCACGAAUUGAAUGCAUGUAGAGAGCAAUGUAGGAUCCUCAGGGAAAGGGUGACUUCUGCCGAGGAGGAACUAGAACAAGAGAGAAAAUGCAGCAUGGAAAAAUCUUCAGAGAUUGAUAGACUUGGAAAUUGCCUGAAAAAUUCCGAAAAGGAGAAUUUCAAAUGUCAAGAGGCACUUGCAUCAAAGAUUGAGAUCCUUUCAUUAGAACGUCAUCAUGUCCAUGAAGAAUUAGACAAACUAAAGAAGCAGUUGAAUGUUCUUAACCAAGAAAGGGACAAAUUGUCAACUCAACUCAAGGAGAGGGAGACAGCAUCAGAUCAGUCAAAAGUUGAGCAGACACUAAAAGCAAGAACUGAUAUCGAAGAACUGACCAGGAGGCUUUCCAGUAUGGAAGUGGAGAUGCACAAGGAAACAGUAAAUAAUGACAUAAAGAAGACGAAACUCAGGAUGAGGUUACGGAUGGCACAAGCGAAAUUAGACAUGUUUCGAGGCAAAUACAAGGAUUCAGUGGAUGAGCUCACAUUCAGUCACAAGAAAUACACCGAAGCAUCGGCAGAACUUAAAAAGCGGUUGGUAUUGCAGGGGACUGAGAUCCUCAACCUCAAAAAGCAGCUAGCAGCAUUAGGAACAAAUCAGACCAUUGGCUGCUCAUAGUUGGGGACCCCACUCAAAUCAGAGGCAGAUGCAAUUGGCCAUUCUUGUGGACUGUUGUCAUUGGCUGAAGAUUGUAUAGUUAAACAGUUCCCGCCUGAUCAUUAAACAUGGUAAAUACUUGUUAACCAUCAGCAUUAACAUGCGGACCUGUUACUCUCCAUCAUGCGUGUGCUAUACUACCAUUGGAUCUUCGAUUGGACAAUUGUUGGUUACGAUCACGAUACGCUGGCCAGUUGUGCGGCUGUCCAGCAUUAAAGAAAUGACAAUCAAUAAAUGGAGAUCGACAUGUCGAGCACCUGUUUAUGGGAGAAUUGAUUAGCAGACAGCAUGCUGUGUUUUGACGUUUCAAGGCUAACAAUAAGGCUUCUUUCUGUGCAGGGAUGUACCGGGUUGUUUAUGUAUGUGCCGAACAUGUUCACAAGGCCGAGAGAACACAGACAUGUCGACCUUUUCCUCUUUGGAAUGGUUUUAACUCUUCAAACCUUUGCAUUUGUGCUCUUUAAAGGCCUCCUUUUGUAACUUAUAAAUGGGGUUAAUGAGAAACGUGUAACAGUCUUUCAA